UUGAGGACUUGCUCAGUUCGCGCCAGUAAAAUUGCAAAAUAGACGUUUUGUACUUAAGUUUUUUUUUUACUAUAAUUCAUUAAAACUUUAUCCAUAUAAUAUGUAAAUGACAAAAUAAUUUAAAAAAUUAUACGUAACUUUUGGCGGGAACAUUGACAGAUAUGCUGUUUUAAAAAGUUUUUUUUUUAUAUAAAUAUUUGUUUAAUAUUGUUAACAAAAUGUCAAGUGUGUCUGUGAUAAUUUUUUUGUUUUAUUGUAUUAGUGUUGUGUUUUCACAAGGAUCGGGAAACCAAGGAAAUUUACGACUAUGCAUAGUGGAGGGGCGCGGCACAUACAAGCGCGCCGCGCGGCACUGCCCCAUACUUGAUCAGGAGGACUCCAAGGUCGAGUGUGUCCUUGGUACUGAUAGGUUGGACUGCUUGCGACGUAUCAGCAAAGGCACAGUGGACUUCGGCGUCUUCAGUCCGGAAGACCUGGUUGCUGCGCAAUGGGCAGGAGUAGACGUACUGGUCACCAACGAGCUGAGGAGUAAACCGAAACCAUUCGAAAGAUCGGUAGUGGCGGUCGCGAAUCGUCGCAUUUUAUUGGACGGGAUGACGUCUCUGCAUGCUGUCAUGCAAAACGCCACCCUUUGCCACCCAGGAGUGGGUGUGGACGAUAUACGACCGAUGAGCGACACACUGUCUGGGUAUUUGGAGUCCUUGGUGUUGGAGAGAGCGUGUGAUCCGAAAUUAUCGCUCACUGAAAACCGUAUCAAGUCGCUGGCCCAGUUCUUCGGGAAGGCGUGUAAGGCUGGUCCUUGGGUGCCGGACCAAUGGCGAGAUGCUGAACUCAAGCGCCGUUAUCGGUCGCUGUGCGCGGCUUGCGGCGGCCGCUGCGACACCAACGACCCCUACUGGGGCAAUCAGGGCGCCCUCACGUGUCUGGCGGAGGUUGGAGAUGUCACGUGGGCUGAGUUGGAAGAUGUCCAGACUUAUUUUGGGCUGACCCAAAGAGAGGGGCACGCGUCAGCGGACCGCUUCGCGUACCUCUGUCGCGACGGUUCCUUCAUGGACCUCGACGGCUCAGAGCCCUGCGUCUGGUUGCACAGACCCUGGCCCGUCAUCGUUGCUAAACGGAAAUCAGCUGAAUCCGUGGCAGCUCUAGCUAGCUCCCUGAGAGCGAGUUCAGUUCUGGUGGAUCAUCAUUGGCGUGGUGCUUUGGCAGCGCUUCUCGAGAUACACCUCGGUCUGCCGGAUCCACUGCAGCCGCCAGUAACGCCUAUGGACUACCUGGCCAGAGCUAAGGGCUUCAGGGAGGCUUACAGUCAGAGCGGAUGUGAUCCACCCAGGCACAUCACCCUGUGCACAACGACGAUAUUGGAGAAGAACAAAUGCGAGUGGCUGAGCGAGGCAGGCGCGGUGUACGGCAUCGCGCCGCCCCUCCAGUGCUCCCUAGGGGGCAGCACUCGGGACUGUCUACACGCUGUCGCCAGGGGCGCGAGCGAUGUGGUGAUCACCAGCAGCGAGUGGCUUGUGGCGGCGAUGAGGGAUUACUCAGUAGCACCAGUACUUCACGAAGCCACACCAAUCGUGGAGAGAACCAGCACUGUGGUCGCCGUAGUCCGCGCCGACGCUGGCAUAACCGACAUGUCAAUGCUCAAAGGCAAAAAGGCUUCCUUCCCGAGCUACGACGGUGUCGCUUGGCACUCCGUUGUUAGAUAUUUCAUGAGAAAAGAUAACCUGACUUGCGGCGACAUGGGACAGUACUUCGCAGAAGUAUGCGCUCCUGGUAUCGAGAGCCAUAAUGUUAGCAGGAAUGUUAUAAAGAAGCUGACCAAGAGUUGUUACACUGAUGAUGGGGUUAUCAUGGCUGGAGAAUUGCCAGCGUUGAGAGCAGUUAUCGAGGGAAAGAGUGAUGUAGCGUUUAUAAGUAUGAACACUUACAAUAUGUAUACAGCUCAACAAAUUACAGAAGACUGGGCGAGUAGCCAAAAGAAAUUAGUACCAGUUUGCCCCGAGGAAAAUAAGAAAUACUGCUUCAUAAGCUGGUCGAACAUUGGCCAUAUUUUAGCAUCAAAGAAUUUAACAACGAUGAGACGCCAGGAAAUCAUAAAUGUUUUCACGAAAUUGGAUCAGUUGUUUGGCAAACACUAUCCGUUCCACAACGCCAUGUUCUCUAUGUAUGGUCCAUUCAACUUUAAAUUAAAUAUUUUGUUCCAUAAUGACACGAAAAUGUUAGCCACGGACGACAUGUUGAACACGCAUCCGUACGAUAACAUCCCUUUAAAUUUGGAACGCAGCCUUCGAAAUUCAAACAUUGACAGCUGUCGAAGUUCUGACUUCGUGGGAAGUUUUGGCGCCAAUAUGAAACCAAGUAUUUUACUUAUACUUUCUCUAGUCGUUUAUGUUAUAAGAACUUAAUGUAAUUUUAGCGCAAUUAAAGAUUUUUGUAUAUGAUUUAUUAUAAUUAUAUUGUUCAAUACCAA